AUGACGUCCUCACCUCUCUUUGCGAUAGCCCUAGCAAUAUUUGCCACCUUCCUGAGACUGGUGAGCGGAGAUUCGUCCUCAGCAUGCAAUCCUCUGAAUGGCCCGUGCCCUGCGAUCCCUGGCUUAGCAACUGGCGAGUAUUUCAUGGAUUUUACCCAACAAACCACGACGCCCUCAGACUGGAUCCUCGCGGACUACGCCACUGUCGGCUACGGGCCUAACGGUGCUAAUUUUACCUUCGCGAAGCGUUAUGAUGCUCCCUAUAUUUGGACUCGCUUCUAUCUUCUCUUCGGUCGAAUUGAAGUGGUUGUGCGGGCGGCCCCAGGCGCUGGCAUUAUCACAAGUUCAGUCAUGAUGUCGGACGAUCUUGACGAGAUAGACUGGGAGUGGUCGGGAAACAACUUUGCCGGAUCCAGUGGUGCCGUGCAGACCAAUUAUUUUGGCAAAGGACAGGUUGGAAAUUCUGACCGCGGUUCCCAACCUGUCGUGGAUGAUCCCGAACACAAAUUCCACACAUAUUCCCUAGACUGGCAACCGGAUAAGUUGGUGUGGUCUAUUGAUGAUGUGGCCGUUAGGACAUUGGAAAACAAUGGCGCAACUACUGGGUCGUACCAGUAUCCGCAGACACCUUCCCGACUGCACCUAGGCCUCUGGUGCUCGGGAGACCCAAGCACUCCUUAUGGGACAGUGUAUUGGGGCGGCGGAUACACGAAUUUCAGCGCCGCUCCGUUCUCAGCGUAUGUGAAAUCCGUCAAGAUCACGACUAACAAUGUCUGUUCAAGCUGGCAAUAUCCUAGUCCAUUUGAUGGCACUUACCAGUCCGUGCAAUGCACGAACCAAACAAUUGCACUUCCAUGUACCUAUACGGUCGUUGCAGGCGAUGACGGCUCCAAGAUUGCCAAAAACUUGACGGUCAAUUUCGAUACCCUCAAGGGAGCCAAUCCUGGAGUCAACUGGGAUCAACUGUUGAUCGGCCAGGUGCUUAACGUUCCUGGCGGUACUUGUCAAAUUUCAACCAUGACAUCAACGUCUGUCACCUCUAGUGUUUCUUUUUCUUCUUCGAUGACUAGUUCUGCAACAUUUUCUUCAACUGCAUCGUUCACUUCGAACUUGACCAGUUGGACGAGUGCUUCCUCCCUUUACACAUCGCCUUCUAGCUCAUCUCUAACAUCCUCAUCCACGACCACUUCAGCAUUCUCGAGUUUGGCUUCUUCAAGCCCAACAGCUUUAUCAACAGCGCAACCAAGCUAUUCAAGCAUGCCAUCUUCGGCGAGCACAACAGCAAGCGGAACAACUUCGGCACAACCAAACUCGAAUUCCACCCCCGCUGUCAUGGCAACUUCUACCUCAGCUUUGAUCACGGUUACCUCGACUACUGGCACCAGCUCGUUUACUACUCUUUGUACGACAGCUGGUGUAGAUAGCACCGCCACCGCCGCCGCAACAACAUCGUCAGCUCCAUCUCAAUCCACAAACUCCUACACCGUGGUUGCUGGUGACUAUGGUUGGGCUAUUGCGAACGCACUGGGCUGCUCUUGGGAUGACCUGAACGCUGCAAAUCCCGGGGUGAAUUGGGAUAAUUUGCAGAUUGGGCAAACGUUGAAUGUCCCAACUCAGACUACUAGCUAUUCAACAUCGACGGCUUCGUCGAGCUCUGGCCCUGCUGUCACCUCUGAUUCGACCUCCGGAGGCCAGUGGACGUCGUCCACCUCGGCGGCUGCUUCAGACUCUGCUUCUGUUGCUCCCUCAGGCCCAGUUACUACCUCUACUCCUGUCACCCCCUCAGGCUCAACCGGUAUUUCUGCAUCUGUCGCUCCUUCAGGAUCAACGAAUACCUCUGGGUGUGGCUCUGGUCAGCCAUGUGGAGGUCAAGUUGGAAACCAGUCAAGCAGUUCUCAACCAGCUUUGGCAAGCUCAGCUGUCCCAACAUCAACUUCUGUUUCCACCAGUCCAACUGUUUCAUCCUCCGCAAGUGCCGCUUACGCCAGUGGCACAACACCCAGUGGAGCGGCCGGCACGAGUCCAACCAGCCCAGUUUCAUCAACAUCAGCAUCUGCUGGUCCCGAGACGUCGCCAGUGAGCCAAUUAACGUCCUCUCAGCCAGUUACCCGCUCGAAUGCCGUGAACCCAGUCACACCUACACCGUCAUCCUUGUCUAAGAUGAUUUGCAACCAAGAUAACUGCCUCCGCAAUUUGAUCGAUCCUCGUUAUUCAUCAACUAUGCGUAACUUCUGUUCAUCCUACACCACCAAAGCAUCCAAUACUGCCCCUCUGCCGACAUUCUUGGCCGGCUGCUCGGCGGAUGCUCGGCGAGUGAGUAGCGCUUGUUCUUGUUUGAUAACUAGCUUUGGCACGGGCACAGCGACUUCGGGGACACCGGCUAUGACGGGACCACCUCUACGCGCAGGGAGUCCGUCGUGGAAGCAGACACCAUCUUGGAAAUUGAAGCGGUCGCCUUUGAGAUGGAAUCGACCGGCUCUGUAA